UCUCACCCGCCCCUUUAUUCUCCGCUUCCCUUUCAUCGUCUCCAGCGGGAAACUGAGCGGCCAUAGAAAGCCCCGGCUGCCCCCCUCCCCACAGAGCCUUUCCCCUCCCGCCGGGACCAACUACACAGGCGCCGCCACACGGACUGACCGACUCGGCUCCCUCAGCCGCAGUAUAAAGCUGCCCAGGCCCCGCCCACUCCCCGUUACCCCGGCAACAAGCAUUUCUCUUCCCGCCAGCUGUAGCGCGGCUGCUGAACUUCCGGCCGCAGUUGGUAUCCAUGGUGACAGUUCCGGCAGCGGCUGAGAAGGAGAUUCGAACAUGGCGAAAGCGGGAGGCCGAGCCGGAAAGGUUGUUUCUUCUGGACGCUUGGCCGGACCCGUCAGGCUGGGAAUUGGUAAAAAAAGGGCGGCGGCGAGAAAGGUUUCCACAACGUCUGUCGAUUCCGGCUACUCCUUGUGCUCCACAGACUCCGAGGAUCAGGUCUUCGUAAUAAAUAAAGGGCUGGAUCGAUGUGCCGCUUUGCUGCAAGACAUCCUCCAACACGACACAAGAGGAAACCCGCAGUCCCAUCCAACCAAAGCCCCUGUACAUAAGGUCUCCAUCAGAUCUGCCAGCGUCCGAGGCAAAAGGAUUGUGCCAAAGAAACCCGGCGCUGCUUCCCACGUGCACAAGGAAAUAGGUCACUUGGCAGGAUCAUUAAGGAAGAGCGUCUCCUCUACUGGGUUUGGUGCUGGGAAGGCACAUCCUUCAGUUAAUGUGCAGCCUCCGAUGGUCUGCCCCACCCUGCACUCCCCAGUCACACAGCCUGCAGUAUGUGAGACUGUACCUACCCAGAUGUCUCACCUUAAUCUACUGGCCAAACAGACCAACUGCCAGAGGUUCCCUCCUGCCUCCUCACAGCCUGCAGAUGAGCACAGUGUUGGAGGGGCUACUCCCUUUAACUGCCGCCUACCUUCAUCCACCCCUGCCUUGUCCCCUCAGCCUGUCGGCAGUACUUUGAAUGUUAGUCCUAACCCAGUUCCACCACAAGGGGGAGCAACACACAUUCUAUCUGGGUCAUAUGCAGCAGUGCAGGGUGCCCCCACUGUAAUGUGUUAUGUUCCGACACCUGUGCAGCAGGCUCCAGCUGUGCCAACCUGCUACCCGCUAGCCUUCCAGGCCGAUACCUUGCCGCCAAUUAAUAACAGUGAGAAGAUAAGGGAAUCGGAUCUGCUUCAGUGUAUAGCGGCCCAUUUGGCUCAGCUGCAGCGUUCCGAGGCCAAGGGAAAUCAUUCGCUGAACUCCAAACCUGCUCCUUCUGUGGAGAGUGAAUCCGAUAGGGAGCAGCCCACGAGGGAGACAGAUGAGACUACCAGCGAGGAGGAGGAGGAGGGUGCAGCACCAGCAAGGAAUAUCAGCUGUCAGACAAGCUUUGAUGUGAACAAAAAGUGCAGCCCGGAGAAAACCGAGAGGAAGAUCAAAACUGUGAAGUAUCUUCUUGGGGAAAUAAAGGCAUUAGUCUCGGAGCAAGGAGACGGAGAAGCCUUUCGCCUCAUUACAGAGCUGGAGCACAGUUUGGAUUUGCUGCCGGCCGUUGUUGGAAGCACAAAUAUUCAUGCUGAAAUUGCACUGGCUCUGCAGCCACUCAGGAGUGAGAAUGCUCAGCUUCGGAGGCGGUUACGGAUCGUGAACCAGCAGCUGCGGGAUCGUGAGAGAGCUGAGAAAGCAGCAAGGUCUGAUGAUCAGAACUUUGAAGUGCUUUCCCUUCAUUCCAUGAAUGCGACGUUACAGCGCCAAUUGGCGGAGGCCCAGACGGGACUGGAUUCCCUGCAGAACAAACACCAGGAGCUCUUAAAUGUGAUUGAGGCCCAGAAGGAUGAGAAUAAGAAGCUCGCACAGCGCCUCCGGGAUACAGAGCGGGAACUGGAGAGUGCGGCCGCUAAAGGGAGAACAGAUGUGAAUGAGGCUUUCGGGAUUCAGUUCAAACUGGAAUCAGCGGAAAAGGACAAUAAGGUGUUGGAAAUUGCCCUGCGGCAGCGGGACGCGGAAGUGAGCAGAUUGCGGGAACUCACAAGAACCCUGCAGGGCAGCAUGGCCAAACUCCUGUGUGACCUGAGCAAGGACGGCAGCAAAUGGAAACCUGGGCACAACCUGACCAAGUCUGCGUUAGACAGCUACGAGCAGCAGCUCCGGGGGGGUCACUGUCCGGCCAGCACCUCCAUAAUGAGUUACCUGAAGACGUUAGAGACUGAGCAAGUCUUGCCCGGGGCAGAUACGCCAUUCCCUGAUAGGCCGGAGCCUUGCGAUCCAACCAGCAAUAGGUACAUGCCCUCCGAUCCCAGUGGCGGCAAUAAAAUCGGCAAAAUGGCUGAAACUUGGCACCAAACCGCUGGCCCCCCCUCCCUUUAUCUCAGUCCCGAGAAACCCAAAUCCAAGGCAAACAGUGUGUCGGGCGCGAGCUCCUGUGACGAUUACAAACCCGGCGACACUAUCUAUUUGCCAUUAACCAGCAGCCCUCAAAAACUGCUUGCGGCCUCCUCCCGGGGGCAAAUGUGCACCCCCCCUCAGGCCCAGACUGCCCCCUCUGACUGCGAGGCGCCGGCCCCCAUUGCAAAGCACUUGGCAGAUACAUCUAAGGUGGGUUUGGGGUACAGAAUGGGUUUGGGGAAUGCCACCGACUCCUCGGGGCAAAACCUCAAGUCAGAUGAGGGGGCACGUUGCUUGGGGAGGCCCACUGUGCCUAGCAACGGCCUCCCCGUCCAGAUGGGGAACCUCCACUUACAAGAGGGGAACCCCACUGACCUCUCCACGUUCGACUUCCUCUCCGCAAAAUCCGAUUGGAGCAUCUCCUCUUUCUCCACCUUCACUUCCCACGACGAGCGCGACUUUAGGAACGGCCUCGCGGCACUGGAUGAAAACAUUGCCAGGCUGCAGCGAACCCUGCAAAGCGGCACCUCUCGGAAAUGAACUGGCGAGACCGCUCCCGGGUGCUGUCUGUGUGUUUGUUUUCCUAUUUAACUCUCUGCUGCUAAAUUAUUUUUAUAUAAUAAUGAUAAAAUAAAUAUUAGUGUGGCCAA